UCAAAAUCUCGACCUUGUACAACCUGCCAUUCUCUGUCAGCACUAUUUGAAACAAAACUGAGCUACUAGAAAAGAGAAAAAAAUUGAACAAAUCAAAAGUGAGGAAGUGCUAAGCAAAUACAGGAACCAAAAAGGGUCAUAGAGGCUGCUUUGCACUGUCUCAUUCAGUUCCGUUGUGGUCCCCUUGUUCACCACAUGCCAAAACAGUUCUUCACAAUCUUCAGGACUAGUGCAUCGUGGGGUGUGAGGCCAUGGAAGAGCUGGAUGCCUUAUUGGAGGAAUUGGAACGCUCCACCCUCCAGGACGAAUAUUCAUCACCCUCUAGUGAUGAAUAUUCAAACCCAAUUUCUUGUCACGUGGAUCAGCAAUCCAAACAGGAGAGCAAACUUCCCCAAACUCCAAAGACCUUGUCAUCUCAGAGUCAUACAAGUCCCUUGAAGGUGCAGCUCGUGUAUACGACCAAUAUCCAGGAACCCAAUGUCUACAGUGAGGUCCAAGAGCCAAAGAAAUCAGUACCACCUCCUAAAACCUCAGCAGCUGCUCAGCUGGAUGAACUCAUGGCCCACCUGAGUGAAAUGCAGGCCAAGGUUUCAGUGACAGCAGACGCCAGCAAGAAACACUUACCAGAGAAGCAGGACCACAAGACAUCCUUGGACUCAAUGCUUGGGGGUUUGGAACAGGAACUGCAAGAUCUUGGGAUUGCCACGGUUCCUAAGGGCCACUGUGCUUCCUGCCAGAAGCCAAUUGCUGGGAAGGUGAUCCAUGCUAUGGGGCAAUCCUGGCACCCAGAGCACUUUGUCUGCACUCACUGCAAGGAGGAGAUUGGCUCCAGUCCCUUCUUUGAGCGGAGUGGCUUGGCCUACUGUUCCAAAGACUACCACGAUCUAUUUUCUCCACGCUGUGCCUACUGUGCCUCUCCCAUCAUGGACAAAGUGCUGACAGCAAUGAACCAGACGUGGCACCCAGAGCACUUCUUCUGCUCGCACUGUGGAGAGGUGUUUGGUGCAGAAGGCUUUCAUGAGAAGGACAAGAAGCCAUAUUGCCGAAAAGAUUUCUUAGCCAUGUUCUCACCUAAGUGUGGUGGCUGCAACCGUCCAGUGUUGGAAAACUACUUUUCAGCCAUGAACACUGUGUGGCACCCAGAAUGCUUUGUGUGUGGGGACUGCUUCUGCAGUUUUUCUUCUGGCUCCUUCUUUGAACUGGAUGGCCGUCCAUUCUGUGAACUCCAUUACCAUCACCGCCGAGGGACCCUCUGCCAUGGCUGUGGGCAGCCUAUCACUGGCCGCUGCAUCAGUGCCAUGGGGCACAAGUUUCAUCCUGAGCACUUUGUGUGUGCUUUCUGUCUGACACAGCUGUCAAAAGGCGUCUUCAGAGAGCAGAACAACAAGACCUACUGUCAACUCUGCUUCAAUAAGCUCUUUUCACUGUAGUCCCCUUUGAUCCACAUCUACUUCUGAGACCAAGGCAGGGAAGAGCACACUUUCUUUCCCUGACCUUCACUCAGUGGGCUAACAGAGUACAAGCAAUGAGCAAAUAAGGGAAUUUCUAGAUGUUACUAGACUUAAAAUCUUAUUUUUGAAGCUACUUCUUAUUUUUUAAUUACGUAUUUGCAUUUAGAUUUAGAUCAUUGACUGGAGCCAUAAGCCUAAGGGACCCUUGACACACAUGCUGCCUGCCAUAU